AUGCUCCGCGCUCUUGAACAUUUCAUCAACGCCAGCGGAUGCUCGAGAUGGUGGUCGAGCUUCGCGGUGAUCGAGCUGCCCGAAGAUCUCCCUAGCUCAGGGAUUUCUCCCCAGUCGCAGCCUGGAAUGGGAUUUGGGCCGGCCUCCGGGUCUUGUGACGAGUCGUCAUGCAGCCAGAGCCAUCAAGAAGGGCAGUUGGUACACGGCCGGCCAUAUACUUCGACAUUGCAUCUCACUUUGCGCCUUCGACACUCUAGGCAAGCUAGUCAAGUUGCCUGUCGAAGUGAACAUCGCCAUUAUCUCCACCUCGGCGCCUUCGCUUCGACCGUUGUUCGGUUCUGUCUUUCGGGGUCGUCUUAUGACCGGACUAGAAAGCAUCGCGAUAGGGAAGGAGACGGUGAGGGUGGGAUUUCGGAGACUGUUGGGUCUAGGCGGCGGUGGGCGUUGCCACCUCAUAAGUAUCCGUACCCUGGUGUUGGGUUUGUCAUACCGGAUUUGGAGGAUUGUGAUCGUUAUGCAGAUGGUGGUGAGAAUUGGAUUUUGGGUGGUGAUGAGGUUGUUGGUGGGAAUGAGCAGAAGGUCGCGGUCAAUGUCUCGAGUGUGGUGACUGUUCCUGCGCCUGUGCAUGCUUAUGGGGUUGGGCUUGAUCAAGAUGGUGUAUCGGAGGUGAGACGGCUUGGUGAUAUCAUCAAGACGGUUGUUUUUGAGAUGAAGAGUGAAGAGAGGUAA